AUGGGUUCACAGGAGGACAUACUAGAGGAUGAUGAAAAGGCACAUCUUGCUAAAAAACUACUGGCAGAAGCGUGUGAGAAAGAAGGACUGGAUGAUGGAUACUGGCUCCCCAAACUGUCAGAGAUACUGGGAGUCAAGUCGAGAGAAGCCCUGAAACAUCUCCAAUAUGAAGACUACCUUAAGCUGGAGUGCGAGGUACGGUACCCCUGGGAAACAAAGGCGCUCCAAAAACUCCUAGAAAUAACAGACAACAAAGCAACUUUUGAGGAGCUGCAGAAGGAGCGCUUGGAGAUGACAAAGCAGAGACAAGAAGCAGCCAAGCGAGCUCUGAUGGAGCUGAAAGAAAUGCACAACAGCCGCAGCCACAGCAAGGAUGUUGUAAGACAGAAAGAGGAGGCUCUGUGGCAAGCCAUGGAGAUUCCCAAAGAGUACUGGGCACCACCAGAGAAGUUAUUGGUGGAUGUGCUGGAGAGCAUCCAGAAGCAGCUGGAGAAGCAGGAGUUGUCAGUGAGCAGGGGUGAGAACGUCUCUGACAUGGAGGUCCUGAGGCGGGCAUCAGGGGGACUGGCCCUGCAGGGCAUUUACAGAACCAGCAGCCUUACGGAUGUGCUGGCAAAGCGAGACCUGCUCAUCAGGGUUCCCGACGGAUUCAAGCUCGCCGGUCCAGAGCAAGGGUCACUGCUUGAGAGGAAGGAGUUCUCCUCCUCUGCAGCAGAAGCCACUUUCACCAAGUCCAUGGAACAGCUGGGGUUCAGCAUCAGCGUUUCUGCCAAAGCCGGGUUCUGGGGGUUUAAUGUUGAAGCUGGUGUAGAUCACAGCAGCUCCUCGCAGUCGGAGGACACCCACCAGUCCCGCUCUGAGAAGAGCUACAUUUGCACCAUCAAGUACCAGUACAUGCCUCUGGCCUCCUGCUACUUCCAAAAGCAUCAGCUUCACCUCUCGGAUGCGGCCCUGCGGGAGCUGCAAGACAUCGAACACCUUUUGAGCAUCACUCAGGAAGCAGACAGGCCCAACAUGCUGAAGAGCAGGUGCGCGAGCUUCUUCAGCAGGUUUGGGUCCCACGUAAACCAGGGUCCCCUCCACUUUGGGGGGAUAUUCUGGUGGAAGGCGUCUACGGAAGGAUUCAGAGCUGAGCAGCGGGAAGAGAUGAAGCGACAAGCAUCUGAAGCAUUGAACUGCUACGUCGGGGCCAGCUACAGCGGCUUCAGUGUCAGCGUGGACGUUUCGAAAUCCAAAUCACAGGCUUCUUUUCAGGGAAGAGAUGGAAGCAGUGCCCACACAGCAGUACAGCUCUACGUGACCCACACAGGGGGCCCAUCAGAGACGGAUUCUCUUCCUCAGUGGAAAUUGGGGCUUGUAACUAAUAACACAACCUGGUGUGUUAUUGACCGAGGCUUUCAGCUGAUCCCAGUGUGGGAUAUAAUCCUGUUCAAUCACAGCAGUGAUUUUAAGUCCAUCUAUCAAAUGAGCAGCAGCCUCAGGGCUGCGUACGAGGCACUAACGAAUCACAGUGUCGGCACCAUGUUUGGAGAGGAACUGGUCAGUGCAGUGGAAGACGCCAGAGUUUUCCUGGAGUGCGUGAAGGCCUGGGAGGUGACGGUGGAUGAAAGGAAACUGCUCACGCUGAUAGAUUUCAAACAGAAUCUGAAUGAAAAAACCAAAAACCAUAGUGUCUGGAUCAACGUAUGCCUGUCGGACAAAGCACUGCAGGAGUUCCUGGUGAAUACCGUUCUGUCUUGCAAGAAGUCACCUCCAGAAAACACCACCUAUAUCAAGUCUUUGUUGAGGUGCCUCCUGGAUCCUCAUGUCUAUUCUGUCAAGGACUUCCCCAAGUCUUCCUUCAUUAUGCAAUGGAUCUUCCAUACUGAGCACAUGCUUCCCGAAACUCCCAAUGUUUCUGAGCUUGAAGAUCUCACCAAGACACUACUGCAAAUGAAGGAGUACAUCCAGGAAGUCACCUAUGCACCAGAAACCUCUGCAUCUGCCAUUCAUGAAGCAAAGAUAAAAGCCACCUUGACUACAAGCCUAGCUGUUUAUUCCUUACUCCAGUUUCUCCAGGAAAGGGCACAGAAAGACGUAGAACUGUUGGUGCUCUUAAUUACAACCAGUACGGGAUACAAGGUGGAAAGGAGCACUUUUCAGUACCUCCUUGGAUGUCCGGAAAUUAACUUCAUGAUAAAUGAAAUGCAAACGGGACAUAAGGAGUAUCUGAGUCUGAAGGAGCAAGAUGUUUACAGAGCCCAGGCCUUCUUGCUACUGACGGGUCUAACUGUAACACCCAAAUGUAAAGAGGCGUCCCCUGAGUGGAAGAAUAAGCGUUUAGUUUUCAUGGAAGAUCACAUGAAAAACUUAUGGUCCACAGAGAUAGAAACUCUCCUCAAAAAGCACAGGACAUUCAAAGACUGGGAGAUGCUGGAAAGUGACUUGCAUUCCUUCAUCAGUGGGCGCUUGGAUGACACAUGUGAUGAUCUGAAGAAAAACAGUAUAAUCAAAGACAUGGAAGACACUUUUCAAAGAAUAGAGCCUUCCAGUCAGUCCAAAUCCAAAUCAGAUGGCAGCAAAUCCAAAGUAAAUCAAGCCAUUACAAACCAAGAGUUCUUCCACUUACUUAAGCGCCUUGGACUAGAAAGUCAGUAUCCAAGAAAAAUGGGGACAGAAGAUUUCCACAUCAUAUACCAGACAUCUUUACAUGACAGCCAGCCCAGCAAGGACAGUGAACUACCAUUCUACUUCUUGCAAAAGCUGUUAACUGUGGAUUAUCGGGUGAGGUACCUGACUUGCAAGGAUGAGAGCAACCCAGGACUCACACCCGUGCCAAAAACCACAGAGCAAAAGCAUGAACCCUCGGAUUCCUUUGAUGACUUUUUCACUGAUUUGGAGGAAGAAGCCCCUGAAUCUGCAACCAGGGACAGUCGUGUGCACCCCAUGGACAUCCAGAUGGCAAUUUUUCAUUGCGCUGAUGAUUUCAUGAGACAGUACAUUUCAACAAAGCUUGCUUUCUGCCAAUUUGCGCUACCUCUCCUGGUACCAAACCCCUGCACUUCACGGAUAGAGUUCCCCCUCUGGUCCCUCAGCCAAAUAAAAAAGAGCUGGAAAGGGGCUGAGAAGUUGGGAAAGCAGGCCAGAAUUACCAGUUACAAAAACAAACUCAUUUAUCAGGCAGAGACACCCAUCGUGUCCUUCAUACGGAUCGGCAGUUCUCCCUCCUCUUCCAAAUCUCAGAUCCUGAAUGCUCUGCUGAGCAAACAAAAGCAUGACACUUUUUUCCACCGACAUUGCAAAGGCAGCACCAAAGACUGUUUGCUGAUGAAAGGUGUUGUGGAGAUCUCCUGGUACUGUCCCCGGGGCAGUGACGAUGACAGCUUUGACUGCUGUGUUGCUUUCUGUAACCUUCAUGGAGAUGCAAGGGAUCAUGAAGAACAGCUACAGUUUUUACAGGAGAUAUCUGCUGUGAACGUGGCUCUUGUAUCCGAGUCUGAUCAGAGUGACAAGAAAGGGAUGAAAAUUUUACGUGACCUGUGGCAGUCGCAAAGGCCUUUGGUUUGUCUUUUCACUGAAAAAGAGAACAUUGCAGCUGGCCGAUCUAGCCAAAACAUAAGAAUAGGUAUCAAGAACAGAAACGAAGCAGAAUUAAUGGGCGAGCUGACAAAAACAAUCAGGGAUCUCCUGGAAGGGUCUAACACGCUUUUCAGCCUUGAUGCCUGCCUGGACAAAGCUCGCAAGCACGGAUUCCUAGUUGAUGAAGAUACAGACGCGUGUGUGACAGCCAAAGAAAAGGCAAAGGCGCUGGUGAAGCUUCUGAAGAAAGAGAAGUUGUUUGAGAUCAAAUCCCAGCUACUGCCUCUUCAAGGAAAACUGUGGUACAUGUGGUGCAAAAAGGACAAAGAACUCACUCGCCUGCAGGAAAAGAGAAACAAGAGCAUAGAGCAUCAUCGGAGCCAAAUUGAAACAGAGAAGUUGGCAAUAAGAAGAAAGCAACUAGAGAAAGCAUUCCCCCUCAAUCAGCUGAUGAAAUCAGUCCUUGGCUUUCUCCAGUCACAGCCAGCAGAUACCAAGAAAUACUUCCUGCAGUGGAUGAAGGUCUUUAUGGAUGACCUCUCCUCCGAUCGCCUUGAUGAACUGAAGAGACAAUAUCAUCAGUUAUGGUCUCAGAUCCUGGCAAUAAAGAAAAGCAAUGAAAAAAACAACCUGAAACCUCUGUUGCUGAGUAAGUUAGAUGCCCUCUCCAAUGAAAUCAACGAUUCGUCCAUUGGCCUUGAGCAUAUUUUGAGAGAGGUAGGGCAGAUUUACGAAGCUCUGGAAUCAAUGAACUCAGAGGAUAAAUGUUUUGUCAAACUACCUGAAAUUGCAGCUGAUCUGAUGGUUUCAGGGUAUCCUGUUGAGCUGAUGGAUGGUGAUGCUUCUUACGUACCAUUACGAUGGGUUGGAGCAAUCUUUGACAGAAUAAUUGAGAAGCUAGGGGACAAACGAGUAUUUGUUCUUUCAGUGCUUGGCAUCCAGAGCACAGGGAAGUCAACCCUGUUGAAUGCCAUGUUUGGUCUUCAGUUUAAUGUCAGUGCAGGGAGGUGCACCCGGGGAGCGUUUAUGCAGCUAAUUAAAGUGGACGAGAAGCUGCAACAGGAUUUGGACUUUGAUUACAUGCUAGUUGUUGACACAGAGGGACUUCGUGCCAUAGAGAUGGCCAAUAAACAGUCCCUUAAUCAUGACAACGAGCUGGCCACCUUUGUCAUUGGCAUCGGCAACAUGACUCUGAUCAAUAUCUUUGGAGAAAAUCCUUCAGAAAUGCAAGAUGUCCUUCAGAUUGCUGUGCAGGCUUUUCUGAGGAUGAAGCAAGUAAAUCUCUCCCCAAGCUGCCUGUUUGUACACCAAAAUGUGGGAGAAAUAACUGCCAAGGAACAGAACAUGGAAGGACAAAGACGUCUGCAGGAAAAGCUGGAUGAAAUUGCCCAGCAGGAUUUCUGUGACGUCUCCUGCUUCAGCGACGUCAUCCGCUUUGACGUGAACACCCACAUUCAUUACUUUGCUCACCUCUGGGAAGGAAACCCCCCAAUGGCACCGCCCAAUCCCACCUACAGCCAGAACGUCCAGGAAUUAAAGAGCAAAAUUCUCCAAGCUGCCAAGAAGGAGUCGCAGGGCAGCAUUUUGAGGCUCUCAAGCUUGAAAGUUCGUAUUAGUGACCUCUGGAAUGCUUUGCUGAAUGAAAACUUCAUUUUCAGCUUCAAGAAUUCAGUGGAGAUUGCUGCGUACAAGAAACUGGAAACCGCAUUUAGUCAGUGGACCUGGCAGCUGAGGAGUCACAUCUUAGACUUGCAAAUGAAGCUGGACAAUAAAGUUCGGAAUGGGGAUUUGCAGAAGGUCACCACAGAACACCUUGAAAAACUAGUGCAAGAGACAAGUGAUGCCAUCACAAAAGACAUGGAAAAGUAUUUCAGUGAAGACAGAGACUGUGAGAUACUGGUCCAGUGGAAAGGCAGCACGGAACUGAAGCUAAAAGAACUGAAAGAGUCUCUUCUUCUUGAAACUAGAAAGAAGUGUGAGAAUCUUAUUGAACUAAAGAAGAACCAGUGUAAACUGGAUGAAAGGAAGUCAGAAUAUGAAAACGAGCUCCUGAAAAGGAGUAGGCAGCUGGCUCUGUCCCUGAAAGGCCAGAGACUAAGUGAAAAAGAACUGAGAGACAACUUUAUUUCUCUCUGGGCAAUCUGGAUUGCUGAAGUCUCCUCUGCUGCUCCCCCUCCGGAACAGGUUGAUAUCGAUGUGGAAAUAGAAGAUGUCCUUCUAGAUCACUUUAAGGAGCCUCACUUACAUGCACGAAUCAGCACAUUUCCCAAACACAGAGUAUUUUCUGUUGACUUGGAGAAACAUGUCGCUAAGAAAAAACGUUGGGGCAUCUUGACUGUGAAUUUUGAUGAUGUUGAUGUGAGCAUCAUACACCGCAUUACAGAUAACAUCAUAGCGUGUGUCAGGGCAAACAUUGAUAAGAAGGAAAAGGAGAAAAGGGAUUACAAUCGAAGUUUUAUCCAUGAAAUACUAAAUGAAGUACAGAAAGGUAUGAACUCUGUCCCUAGCAAUGCAAAAUACAGUUUUAAUAAAGAUUACAGAAUAGAUUUAUCACUGUAUCUGUGCAGAAUGGCAGCAGAAAGGUUUAAAGCCAUGCAUGUAGCAUUCAAAAAGGCAAAUGAUCCAGUCAUCUACCUGGAAAGCAAGAGAGAAGAUUUCCUUAAAUGUUUCCAGAUUUCCUGCCAAGGAGCCACUUCUAUCACAACAUUUGCUGUUUUCCUGUGCGACAAGAUUGCCCCAGCUCUUCACCAGGCGGUCUAUGAGAGGACAGCUCUUACCAUAGCUCGAGACAUAAAGGGUAAAAUCCCAGAUUUCAAUGGCAAUAGAUCCUCUCUGGAAGUUUGCAUACUGAGAUACCUGGCACAAGAAGAAAAUUUUGAGAAUUUCAAGGCGUACCUUAAUUGCCCAGGAGACUUUUUAGAGAGUUACAUUGCGACACGUGUUGAGACAUACUGUUUAGAUAAGAACAGGAGGCUGGAGAAGUUUUUAGAUGACUCCCUUACUCACUACUAUGAAAGCAUCCAGUCAGCUGUUUUUGCAUCAACUGACAUUGUCAAAGACAGAAAAGACAGAAAUGACAAAAUCUCUCUUUGGCUGGAUGAAUUUUGCAGCGCACUUGGAGAGGUGCUGAGCUUGCCCAGAAGCGACCUGAAGGGCAUUGAGCAUCAGGAGAUAACAGACAUAGAGUUCCUGAAUAAUGCCAUGACAGAAGCACUGGCUCCCCUGAAAGAUCAUCUCAAGGAAGAGUUUGCUAGUGCUGAUAUGAGCUCAUUUGAAAGGCAGCCUCAUACAAUCCUGGCUGAACAGUUUGCAGGGUGCUGGGAGCAGUGUCCCUUUUGUGGGGCUGUUUGCACAAACACCAUGCAGAAUCACGAUGGAGACCAUCAGCUUGUCUUCCAUCGUCCGCAAGUUUUGACAGGAUACAGGUGGCAUAAAACAGACAAUCUGGUCAUUGAUAUUUGUUCUAGUAGCGUUGCAAGUAACUGUACGUUCAGGAUUGGUGAAGACACAUGGAUCCCCUACAAGAGAUACCGGGAUGCAGGACCUCCUUAUUCCACUUGGAACAUUCCUUCUGAUCCAUCCAUGCAAGCGUACUGGAAAUGGUUUGUGUCUCAUUUCAGGACAGAGCUAGAAAAACGGUACAAUGGGAAAUUCCAUGGCAAAGGAGAAAUCCCUGCUUCAUGGCAGAGAAUUACAAAGCAGGAAGCACUUGAGGAACUGGCGAAGCUUUAG